AAGGUGAUCCAAGAAUCUCACAACUCACAAGCACUACGAGUGAUUUGUCUCUCCAUCCACCUCGCAAAACUACCUCAAAAACCAUACACAAACAUUUAAAAAAAAAAAAAAAAAAAAAAGGAAAACUCAAACUCGUAGUAGCAGAGAAAAUUAUAACAAAGCAAUAUGGAAGUGGCCAUGUCUUUGAAUCCACUAGUUAGAUUACCCCUUUCAUCAAAUUCAAGAACACAUGAAGAUUUUUCACUUGUUAAACAUUCACUUUCCUCCACAACAAGAACAACAACAACCCAAAAGAGGCAACAUGGAAGAUUGUUAGUGGUUGAAGCAAAAGGAAGGAAAGGAGGAAUGGCAGCUCGUCAAUACCAACGUAUGGCUCCACCUAUGCCAAAGAUUGAAGAUGAUGGCAACCCCAAGUUUGUUAUCUUUAUUCGUAUGGCUAAUGUUUACCUUUGGUACCCCCUCAAUAUCGUAACAGGUGGCACAACUGCAAAAAUUAUGGUUGCUGCAAAAGACAACUUUCUUGGGAAAUAUAUAUACAAAGAUACUCUAGCUAGGAAUCUCGCAGCAGUGAUUUACAAUGAUGAGAAGGAAAUCAAGAAAUUGGCAAUGAAACAGCAUCGUGUAUUGAGGUCGGCGACAGAAUUUAGAUAUGGAUACAAACUUGUCGAGAAUAACAAUGUGAGAGCCGCCCUUUCUACCUCAGGUGUGAUUGAGCUUCCCACCCCAGAUAAGCUUAAAACGGUCGUUGAUAAAGUGAAGGACUUCUUCGGAGAUGCUAAGGAGUCAUUCGGUAAGCUGACAGCCCUCCCAACGUCAGAGUCAUCAGAAGAAGAUCCACCAAAAGAAGGAUCCAAAGAUACAACCACGGCCAAGAACUGAAAACGAGCUCUUCCCGUAGAUGAGGAAAAGGAGGAACUAUACUUCAAAGCAUACUUGUUAAACUACUUUUCAGCGAAAGUUUUCAGCCAUUGAUUUUCCAUGAUUUUGAUUGGUUAGACUGUAAUAUACUCGACAGAUUCUACUGGAAUUUUUUGUUAAACAGCCUCAAUUUGGUUAAGAUAAAAUGCAUCUGCAAGUUUUUGUUAA